UCCGUGGCGACGCGCUGCGAAGUGCGGCUGCGCGAAGGUGACGGAGCUCGGGCGAGGGGGAGGGGGUGUUUUGGUUCUAUUUGCUCGCCGUCCUUUCCAGACUCGGUCGUCGGAAAGCUUUUCGUUCCUGCUUUUCCUUCCCCUUUCCCUUCCCUUUCCCAGUCCCAGUCCUCCCCCCCUCUUUCCCAUCUGUCUGCCUCCCAUUUUUCUGCCGCCGCCCCGGGUCCGGGCCAUUUUCCGGGCCGGGCGCACUAAGGUGCGCGGCCCCGGGGCCCAGUAUAUGACCCGCUGUCCUGCUGCCCCUCGCUUCCCCCGCCCCAUGUGGCUGCGGGAACGCGGUGGCGCUGCCCACUAUGGCCCGGAAAGCAGUUAGCAGGAAGCGGAAAGCGCCGGCCUCGCCGGGAGCUGGGAGCGACGCUCAGGACCCGCAGUUUGGCUGGGAUCACUCUCUUCACAAAAGGAAAAGACUCCCUCCAGUGAAGAGAUCUUUAGUUUACUACCUAAAGAACCGGGAAGUCAGGCUACAGAAUGAAACCAACUACUCUCGAGUGUUGCACGGUUAUGCAGCACAGCAACUUCCAAGUCUCUUGAAGGAGAGAGAAUUUCACCUUGGGACCCUUAAUAAAGUGUUUGCAUCUCAGUGGUUGAAUCAUAGGCAAGUGGUGUGUGGCACAAAAUGCAACACGCUGUUUGUAGUGGAUGUCCAGACAAGCCAGAUCACCAAGAUCCCCAUUCUGAAAGACCGGGAGCCUGGAGGUGUGACCCAGCAGGGCUGUGGUAUCCAUGCCAUCGAGCUGAAUCCCUCUAGAACACUGUUAGCCACUGGAGGAGAUAACCCCAACAGUCUUGCCAUCUAUCGAUUGCCUACACUAGAUCCUGUGUGUGUGGGAGAUGAUGGACACAAAGACUGGAUCUUUUCCAUUGCAUGGAUCAGCGACACGAUGGCAGUGUCUGGUUCACGUGAUGGUUCUAUGGGACUCUGGGAGGUGACAGAUGAUGUGUUGACCAAAAGCGAUGCGAGACACAAUGUGUCACGAGUCCCUGUGUAUGCUCACAUCACUCACAAGGCCUUAAAGGAUAUCCCCAAGGAGGACACAAACCCUGACAACUGCAAGGUCCGGGCUCUGGCCUUCAACAACAAGAACAAGGAAUUGGGAGCAGUAUCUCUGGAUGGCUACUUUCAUCUCUGGAAGGCUGAAAAUACACUUUCUAAGGUUCUCCAUGUCAGAGAACACAUUAAUUCUUUGUACCUCUCUCUCCCACCAACACUGCCGUACUUGCCGUGCAGUAACGUGUGUGCUGCCAGGCAAGUGAUGAGUCAGCUGUAUGCGGGCCUCCCAGGCUCACGUCCCUUCCUAGAUCCACGGCAGCCAUCCCUACCCAACGUCCAGCGCGGCAACGUCUUGCUGCUCCCCGGAGAAAAAGGCCGCGGGCGCAGUGGAAGAGUUCAAGUGCUGCUAGCCGGGAUCCGGUCAGUGAGUUUCUAUGAGCACAUCAUCACCGUGGGCACAGGGCAGGGCUCCCUGCUGUUCUAUGACAUCCGAGCUCAGAGAUUUCUGGAAGAGAGGCUCUCAGCUUGUUAUGGGUCCAAGCCCAGACUAGCAGGGGAGAAUCUGAAACUAACCACUGGCAAAGGCUGGCUGAAUCAUGAUGAAACCUGGAGGAAUUACUUUUCAGACAUCGAUUUCUUCCCCAAUGCUGUUUACACCCACUGCUACGACUCGUCCGGAACGAAGCUGUUUGUGGCAGGAGGUCCCCUCCCUUCAGGGCUCCAUGGAAACUAUGCCGGGCUCUGGAGUUAAUGAUAACUUAACUCUCUCCCAAAAUGCAGAGAUUUACACUAACUUCCAUCCUCAGUUUCCUUGUUUGUUUUGAUUUUGAUUUUUUUUUUUUUUUUGAGUUGUGUGAGGCUCUUGUAUUUUAGUGGGAACACCAGAGUUUGCCUAUGGUUUAGGCACUUAAUAGGAGGAAGCUCUGUACAGAAAUCUGAAGGUUUUUUUCUUUUUUCUCUUUUGGUAAUCAGAAUUUUUCUAUCUUUUUUUCUUUCUGGCUUUUCAACCAAAUAUUGUUGCUAAUCCCUAUUUGUAUUUUUUCUUUAAGUGACACACACUCUCCCCUUUCUGGCUUCUUUAGGCUGAAAUGGCAUAGUCAUUCUCACCCUUACUUCACUCUUGAGGGGUAGGGCUCCUUUAUAAUUACGUGGUUGCUGUCAGACUUUCUGUGAAAGUUUGGGAGCCGUGUGUGUGCGCACGCGUGUGUGUGAACUUGUGUGCCUGUAGGUACUGUGUGUCCCUGAAAUUACCUGGAGUAAGGAUUACUUGUAAUUAAAAUAUUUAUAAAAGAAACAACCUUAUUCACAGAGUCCAUCGCUGGGACUAGUCUGUAUCUUAUUUUUUAAAGUCUAACAACACUGAUAAUAGGAAGUAAAAACAGAAAGGAAAACAAAUCACCAUUGAGAAAACACUUUGAGUUAGAUUGCAGGCUUCCUGGGGCCACCCAUGCCAGGACUCUGAAGUGAUCCAGCCCUGUCUUCCUACCUGUGUGUCCCCCAGGUGAGAAGUACAAGUCACUUCUACUUCCCAAGCUCCCAUCUGCCUAGGCAGUGGCCACUCCCCUAAAACAUCAGUCUCCAUCCAGAGGCAGCUCUGGAGGCCGCAAAAGGCUUCAUAGAACUUGGUAAAGAGCAUCCCCAUCUCAACCUCCCUCUCCUUCCCCUCAAACAAGACCUGAUGUGGUAUUUCAGGAGUUUGGGGGUCUCAAAUCUGCUUAGAUUCACAUACAGUCCCCUUGGCUUUGAGGAGAAACUUCUCCUUUGCCAUUCUUCUAAACUCCCUGACAAAUUUUGCUGUUAUUUUCCAAAUUGAGUUCAGUCCAAGAGGGUGGGAGUGAGCAGGGGGUUUAUCUGUGUGUAGUGAGUGCUUCAUGCGUGGAAUGUUUGUUUUCUCAGUGCAGUGGGACUUGGGGUUGAAGCCACCCCUCCUAUUCUGUUGGCUCAGCCCUGUGACGGUGAUGGGGUGGCCUGCGGCCAGCAUCGUUGUGCAUGUAACAGCAUCGAUGUGAUUAGUAACGUGUCUGUUCCUCCCUUGAACUGUCUAGUCUGAGGUUUUUAAACUCCCAGGCUUAACUGUGAUGUCUACUUGUUCCCUGCUUUUUUACACAUCAUGUCGAUAACAGCUAUUCUUACCCACAAAUUCCUCCUCUAAGCACAUACUCUGCUUCUCUGUCAACAUCCCAUUCUGGGGAAAAGAAAAAUCGUAUUUAUUCCUGCACCCCAAUUUCUUAGUUGCUCUCCCAGUUUUCCCCCUCUUCUCUGGGUGUCAGUGGGGAAAUUGGGGAAAAGAGUGUCCUCUUCAUGGUGGGGGGCUGCUGGAGAGGGGAGACAGCCAAGUCCACCCUAGUUGGUGGUACACAGCAUACACCACAGGUUCUGGAAUUCUCAUCUUUGAACCUAGAGAAAUAGGUGCUAUAAACAGGGAAUUAAGCAAAAUGCUGGAUGCUACAGAUCUUUUAAUUGUCUUAAUUUUUUUUCUAUUAUUAAACUACAAGCUGUAGAUUUCUUAGUUCUCACAGAACUUCUAUCAUUUUAAACUGACUUGUAUAUUUAAAAAAAAAUCUUAAGUAGGAUGUUUUGUACUGUUGCCAGACCCUCUUCUGUGAUGGGUAAUGCGUUUGAUUGUUUGAGAUUUUCUGUUUUUAAAAAUGUAGCACUUGACUUUUUGCCAAGGAAAAAAAAUAAAUAUUAUUCCAGUGCAAAA